CGUAAAGGGAUAUAGGGUCGGAACAGGAGGCGGUGCGAGCGCGCACUCCCUAGUGGUGAGCGCGCCCCAGGGCCGGCUUAGCUGCUCGGGUGCGCGCUUCUGGGCCUCUGUCCUGCCGGCAGCCUCCGGAGCCGGCCGUCCGUACAGGCAGGGACAUCCAAGCAAGCUCCCCUCCUCUCCGCGCCCCGUUUGCCCCAAGCCCGACCGAGCUCUGCCUCUCGCAUCUUUUCCCGGCACCAAACAACGCGUUAAUCCAGCUCUUCGUCCGAGUGCUUCGCGCUUCCGGAAGAAGGCAGCGCAGUCACCACUUAGAGGAGACAGCGUAAGGAAUUCAUCUUUUCACUGGUGGCAUUUAAAUAUUGGUGAAAUUCAAAAAUUGUAACUGCAGUUCUGAUUCACGGAUCUUCAAGGAAAGCAGAGAUAGGAUUUACAAAAGGUGCAGUUUUGGGCAGAUUUGAAGACUGGGAUUUUGAGAACUUGUAAAACAGGAGACGUGUUUGAGAUGUGGUGGUUUCAGCAAGGCCUCAGUUUCCUUCCUUCAGCCCUUGUAAUUUGGACGGCUGCUGCUUUCAUAUUUUCAUAUAUCACUGCUAUAACACUUCACCAUGUUGACCCUGUUUUGCCUUAUAUCAGUGACACUGGUACGGUAGCUCCAGAAAAAUGCUUGUUUGGGGCAAUGUUAAAUAUUGCUGCAGUUUUAUGCAUUGCGACCAUUUAUGUUCGUUAUAAGCAAGUUCAUGCUCUGAAUCCUGAAGAGAGUCGUAUCAUCAAAUUAAACAAGGCUGGCCUUGUACUUGGAUUACUGAGUUGUUUAGGACUUUCUAUUGUGGCAAACUUCCAGAAAACCACCUUUUUUGCUGUACAUGUAUGUGGAGCUGUGCUCACCUUUGGCAUGGGCUCAUUAUACAUGUUUGUUCAGACUAUCCUUUCCUACCAAAUGCAGCCCAAAAUUCACGGCAAACAAGUCUUCUGGAUCAGACUACUGUUGGUUAUCUGGUGUGGAGUAAGUGCAUUUAGCAUGCUGACUUGUUCAUCACUUUUGUACAGUGGCAGUUUUGGUGCUGAUAUAGUACAGAAACUCCAUUGGAAUCCUGAGGACAAAGGUUAUGUGCUUCACAUGAUCACUACUGCAGCAGAAUGGUCUAUGUCACUUUCCUUCUUCGGUUUUUUCCUGACUUACAUUCGUGAUUUUCAGAAAAUUUCUUUACGGGUAGAAGCCACUUUACAUGGAUUAACCCUCUAUGACACUGCUCCUUGCCCUAUUAACAAUGAACGAACACGGCUACUUUCCAGAGAUGUAUGAUGAAAGGACAAAAUAUACCUAUGGUGAUUAUGAUUCUCAGGGAUUGGGGAAAUAUUCAUGAAAGUUACUUAUUCUGCUCUGAAAUUUUCAACCAGUUAAUCAAGGCUGACAGUGAUAUCAAAGAAUCCUGAUAAUCAAGAGACAUGAAUUAAGCCAUUUGGUGUUGUUUUAAAGGAUAUCUUCAAGAGGACCGUGAAAAAACAUUUAUGCCUAUACUUUUUUAUCCCAGAAAAUAAAACCAAAGGACUACAAAAUUGUAGAUUUUUUUCUACUUUUUUAAGAGAAACAACCAGAAAUGCACCAAGCAGUCUGCAAAAUCCAGCUUUUCACAUUUUAAAAAACAUUACAAAUCAUAUUUUGUUUGGAGCACUUAUGUGAGAUAUGUUUCAGGACCCCAAAUAAUCAGCAGUGCUCAACAGCUCCUUUAAAAUUGAGUUUUGAAGUAAUAGUUUUACCAUAUUAAUACAUUUCUUAUAGUCUUUAUAAAAUUUAUUUCGUCUGGAAUCCAACUUUAAAGGGAAGCAGACCUGAAUUCAUGUGAGCACUUUUAUUGCUUAAGCUUUGCACAAGAGAUUCUGUAGAUAUUGAUUUGAUUCCUGCCACAAGGCCAGAUAGUAUGCUAACUGGUGUAUACACAUGCUUGUGAUAGUUUCAUGAAGCUUAGUCUCUGAUAUGAGAUUUUAAUUACUAAUGAAUGAGAAAAGUAGCUAUAGGUAAAUUUACUCCAGUUGUGUUUUGCAUAAGACAAUGGUUAGUGUUCCUACACAAGUCUGAGAAGUUUGUGAAUAACAGUAAGUAUAAUUAAAAUAAAAGUCACCUCAAACUGCACUCAAGAGUGAAGAUUUUCAUUUAUAGCAAAUUAUAAUUACUUGAAAAAGCAGCCUUGAACAGGCAAAUGGUGAGCCUUUUUUAAUGGAAUGUGAUCUUUAUAUUAUACAACCCAAAUUCUAAAGGACAAUAUCAGCAAUCCAGAAAAACUAGGUACAGAAUAAUUGUGAUACAUGCAUCUACCAAAAUAAUUUUCUUUCUCUCUGGUCAUGCAAGUGAUUGGAUAGCUUCUACUUGGAUCCUUAUCUGUGCAGAUAGAGAAUGGUUUACAGAUGCCAGAUAAAAUUCAAAAGAAGAAAAUGCUCAUCUGGAAGUGCCCAGUGACAAACUGGUUUGCAAAAGAAUCUCUGACGAAGAUUAACAAGUUUUAUCUUUAUAGAAGAAUUGGGUCCAUAGCCAGAAUAAAAGAUAGUAAGAAAAAGUUUAAAGUGUAAGAGGGAGCAAUUUUAGGAAAAAUGGUUAUAUGGUGGAAACGUAGAUCUCAAUUAUGAAAAGGUUGCUAGUUAUAGGACUCUAAAUAGUAUUUCUGAAGACUUCUGGACUCAUAAGAGAGAAAAUGGAAUAAAAUACUAUUUAGCUAUUUCAAGCAACAGUGAACAUGGGAGACAUUUCAAUAAACAUUGAUUGAAAUCUGGCAUCACUAGAAAAAAAUUGUCAAUACAAACCAUAAAACAUUUUUAUCAUGCCUCUGAAAAUCAUGGUGCAACCACAUCUGGGAAACAGCAUCUAGUCCUGAUUGCUGUCCCUCAAGGAAAUGUAAUUCCAAGUUGUGAAGGACCAUGGUAUGGUAAGAGGGAAAUUGAUAGAAUCAAAGUUUAUAAGAUUAUAAAUUAUGUGUGGGGGAGAUGGCACAGGGAAGCACAUGGACUUGUACAUCCAUACUAGAAUAUUAGACUUAGAGGUAUACUAACAACAUUAAAUUAUUUUAAAACAAAAAGUAUUACUUGGAUAGUAUUUUAAUUCCAUUAUUUAACUUUUACCUUUAGAAAUAACAUGGGCUGAAAAUAUGAAUAAGUUCAAAAAGGGAUUAUAAAUAAAGAGAUUUUUGAAUGUGCCUUCAUCCCUCAUCUUAAGGCUGAAUUAGUGGAAGACAACCAUAUCCUACCUCAAAAUAUGCCUUGCCACCACUGUCAGAUAUAGUAGCUUGGAUGAACGGUUAAGGUAGUUCAAUUCAAUCAAUUUUGUUUUGAAUGUUUGGCCUUUAGAAUAGGAGGUUUUAAGCUGACAAAAUUAGCAGAUAUUUCCUAUGUCCUUGGAGACACAGCAAGACUGCAUUUCCCUUUUAAUUAAGUAUAGGCAUAAAACCAAAUUUUAGCCAGUGAAAUGUAAAUGAAAUGGAUGUGUUUGCUAUUUUCGUAUUAAGGUUUUGAAAAACAGGAAUGCUCUUUCCCAGUUUUUUCUCUUUACACCGUUUGUAUAUUGAUGACAACAAGAUUUUUAGGAAAGGACAGAAUCACAUGUAGGAGCUUGAACUA